UGAUAGUUCACAGCAAUAAAGAGGAAACGCUACUUUCAUUUUUUCGUUUGACUAUGUAGUUGUGUGGUUCCUUCAUCUGAAUUAAACUAACCAACAAAAAUAAUAAUCUUAUACAAUUUACCACGUAAACCGUAGUCGAUCAAUAUUCUAAUUCUUGUUUUCUAAACUAAAAAAAAUAAUUCUGUUUCUAAAUAUUUUUGAUCAUCUUAUAACUUUAGUGAUUAAGCUUUUUUAAAUUGCUAACUUAUAAAGUUUAAUCAUUUUUCUGAAAUAACUACACAUUGCAUAGUGAAUUAUAGAAAAUUUUAGUAGACUUUAAUUUUUGUUGAUAUGGUUGUUGUUUUUUUACCGAAUUAGUGGUGAUAAAUAAAAUUUAAUUUUAUUUAAUUAUGGAAAGUAAAAGAGUUAAUUUGUUUCAUUUUUUUAGCUUCAUCUUUAAUCUAUCUUUGUCAUAAUCAUUUUUAUUAACUAACUGUAUAAAUCAUCAACGAAUUCUUCCUGAGUUCAGAUUAACACUUGUUGGGAAAAAUACUUUGGAAAAAAUAAUCAAUAAGUUUACUCAAGGAUGAGUAAGAACAACAGGAAUGAUUCAUCGAGUGGAAGGGAUGGUGGUGAUAACUCAAGGAGAUCUAAAUCAAUGAAAAACACUAGUGAUGGAAUGCAAGAAGCUAUAGAAGGAAUUAAAAAAAUGCCUGAUGAGAAGUUUCAUGAAUGUUUAAAUGAUGAUUUUAUGGAAGAAUUAAAUGUUGUUGAUUCUUGGGUUGGUGAAGAAGAAGGAGAUAUUGAAGAGGAAUAUCUUGAUAAUCGAGAAAGUCGAGAACGUAAUAAGAAAGAAAGCACUAGGGAUCGUAGUCGACGAGAACAUCGAGGAGGUCGUAUCAGUCGGGACCGAGAUCGUGACAGAGAUCGAAAGCGUGAAGACAGAAAACGUGAAGAAAUGCGUCGAGAUCCAUCUAAAAGUUCACAAGACAUCGAACGCGACAAGAUACGUACGAAAAAAAUUAACGACAGUAAAAUGUUAGCAGAAACUCAAAAGGCGAUAAAAAAUUUAUUGGAUUCGGAUAAAGUUGUUCCUCCGGGAACAGAAGUGGAUAUUAUAGAGAAUGAAAAGCAAAUGGAUCGCGAUCAACGAAUGCGUAGAAGUAGAGAACGUCAUAGAAGUUGGGAUCGUUUUCGUUCGAGUCCUGGACGUCGACGAAGCUCUGAAAGGAUCAUGAGAAUUAGUCCACACCAUCGAAUACGAAGUCCAUUUAAUAGUCUUGAACGUCGAAGAAGUAUUGAUCGUCACAGAAAACUCAGUUGGGAACGAAGAGCAAGUAUCGAACGUCGUGAAAGAAGAUCUAGUAUGGAACGUCGUAGACGUUUAGAGGAACGUGAUCAAAGGAUUAUUGGCCGAAGGAGUAGAUCAAGAGAACGUCGUCGAAGCCGCAGUAUGGAACGAUUUCAUCGAGCACGAUGGAGCCGUUCGCCGAUAGGAAGACAUGGAGAUUCAAGACAUCGAAGUUACAGCAAAUCUCCGGAUCGUCGUAGGAAACGUUCUCCUUUUAUCAACGAGAUUACUCGUCAGUUUAGGAAUGAAGAUCUCAUGCCAACGGACUCUAUGAAUCAAGGAUAUAUGCAUCAACAACCAGUGCCGAGGAAUAUGCAACAACCACAGCCUCCGAUGAUGAUGAAUCCACCGUUACAUACAUCAAUGAAUGCGCCUACUCAACAUUACAUUCCUCAUCCGGAACCAUUAUCAAUGCAUGGACCAUCUGGAUCUUCUCAGUACAUGUCUUAUGAUGUUCCUCAAGGACCUCCGAUGAGCUUUGAAUCAAUGGCUGUACAUUCAAUGGGACCGACUGAAUAUUCAGCUGGUCCUGUAUUGUACAAUCAACCAACUAAUCCAGUAUCAAUGCAUCAACCUCAUUCAGACUAUGCUGGAGUUCCAAUGCGUUCCCCUCAACCAGUUCCAGCACCUUCUGUGGAUCAACCUAUAAUAUACAACUCUCAAAAUUCUUUAGCACCGAUGCAACUAUCACCGUCUUCACAACCUGAUCGGAAUCAAUCUGAUAUGGGACAUCAUGUGUACUCUGAACGAGAAGUUUCAUAUAAUGGAUCUUCAAUGCAACGGGAACGACUAAAAACACCUGAACCACCUGUUAUAUCAAAUACAAAACCUUUUGAAAAGACGAGUUUAUCCAGUUUAUUAGAAGCUUCAGUAUCAGCAAAAGAUACGAGUCUUCCAGUUUUAUAUCCAGGAUUUAAACCUGAAAUUUUACGAAACUGUGAGAAAGCCUUGCGAGAAUUAAAAGAUGAUGAUCCAAGAUUAAAGGCUCAAGGUCGAUUUUUCUUUGAUCCAAAUAAAGAAAUAAAUUAUGACGAAUCAUCCGAGUGCAGAUCAAAUUCAAUUUUGCUACAUAGGAAUAAGAAUAAAAUUAUAUGGGAAGAGUUUCUUGAAAAACCUACUGAAGAAGUUAAACAGCCUAUAGAAACGCAUCAGAAAUAUUGCCAAACUGAAUCCAGUAUAGGAAUACAUCAAAUGACUCAAACAUACAUUGAAACUGCUGAUUUUUGCGUUCAAGUAUGUCCUGGUGAACUUCAACCUCAGCGUGAGGAAAAACGGACAAUUAUGGAUCGUUUGGAUGGAAACAUUGGAGAUCCAUAUGAUUAUGGAUCAAAAUCACGUCAAAUUGUUGAUUUAAGACAAAGUUUGAACAAUUCUUUACAAAAACGAUCCUUACAUCGAGGUUUGUCACCUCCACCUCAAGAUCGUAAUGAACGUAAUCACAGUCUUGAACGUAUGCCACAUCAAGAUCAUGAUUCACGAGAUUUUCAUAGACAUUCAAUACGCAGGGGUGACAAUUUUUCAAUGCAUCGUGGAUCAAGUCACAGAAGCUAUAGUCCUGAAGAAUUUUCUUCGGAUUAUCGACAUAAAUUAGAUCAUCAAGACAAUUAUCAUGAGAGUAGACAUGAUAGAAGUCGUGAACGAAGUCCCAUCAUGAUUGAUAAUUCUCAUGAUGAUGUUACAAUUAUGAAUGAAGAUUCAUUUUCACGAGAUUCUGGCUGGCGUGGUCGAGGAAAAUCAUUUGGCUCAUUCAAUUCUACUCACAAGUCUCGACCCAACAGAGGAAAGCACUCGGGUGGAAGAUCUUUUCGUGGAGGAAGAGGAGGAAAUUACCGUGGUAGAAGUUAAAUAUCUCCUCUUAGUCUGUUUUUAUUUUAAAUGAAACAAUAACGUAUGAGCUACGCUAGUUGAUAAAUUACGUGCUGUUCAGUGAUUGAAAAUAAAAUAUAAUACUCUAAAAGAAA